CGUGGCCAAGUUCAAGUACUUGAAGAUCUUGGAGAGCGUUCAAUUUUUGGCUAGUCGAUACGUGCCCUUACCCGAGUCGAUGACCGAUGAACAGAUCAAGACUUUGGCCAAUUUGCGGUACAUCAUGCCUCGCACGCAGUUUCUGAUGUACUUGCGAUCGCCCGAGCACGCCGGGGUCACUCUGGACGAGAUCUUGGCUUCGGAUGAGCGGAUCCACGCCGGAUUUGACUUCACGGACCAAGCCAUGCGAGCGGCUGCUCCGCCCCAAAUGAGUCCGGAGGAGCUUGAAGAGCGAUGGAACCUGUUGCGCGAGACUUACAUGAGUAUGCGUCAGGAGGGCGAUGAUGUCCCUUUCGAUAUCAAGCCCGAGCGAUUGACGGAUUUGCUCUUGUCCGCGAACGAAAACAAGAUGCGCUCCACUUUGACUUUCUUGCACCAAGUACACCUGAUGCAUGUCAAGCGUCUUUUUAGGACCUUCACCCGGCGGGUUAUGGCUCGUCAGUCUCGCUCGGACGCUAUUCGUAAGAAAGUGGAGCAAGCCGAUGGGCACAUCAUCUAUGGCUUGGGUCAGAACACGUUCAACAUUCGAAUCGCAAAUCAAACUGUAGACCGUCAGGAUGAGUGGCGAAUGAUUCGCCAAUUCCAGCCGGCUUGGGGCCAAAGCAUGGUUGUGGAUUUGCAGUUCCUGAAAUACUCGUACCCGAGAUGCCUGAGUUCGAUAUAUCGCGAGAUCCAAUUCGGAAUUCACCGACUCAAGACCCUCAAAGGUAGUUUCGCUCUGUAUUUGUGCAAUUUUGAUCCGACUUGCCCUAAAAGCCAAAAGAUUUUCAAGCACUUUCCCAAACUUCGAGAACCUCACUAUCCGGUGGUACUGACGGAAAAAAGUUACUUGGAGCUGUUUCCUCAAAAAGAUCUCGUAUAUCUCUCACCUGACUCCAAAACAGACUUGAAGUUCAAUGGUGAUGACGUCUACAUUAUCGGGGCACAAACAUCAAAGUCCCAGGAUUGUCCGAAGACGCUGUCCGUUGCUAAAAAGGAUGGAAUCCGCCAUGCCAGAUUGCCAUUGAGAGCUAAUAUAGGCAUGCGAGCCGAACUUAACAUCGAUCACGUGAUGGCCAUGAUGGCCGAGCUUCAGUAUUCCGGCGACUGGAUUUACGCCUCUCGCUGGAUUCCUUCCAGAUUUUUUCGCAAUAGAAUUAAGAGCAUGGGACGAUUAGAGCCCAGAGAUGAAGCCGUGUACAAAGCUCAUAAUGAACUCAAUCCUAGUACGAACGAAGACAACAUACCAAUGGGACCGUUAGAAUAUCGCAAAAAAUUCAAGAGCAUACUGGAGCAAGAGUUAAUUCAUCCCGGACACACGCACGAGAGUGUUGACCUGACAACGAUCAUGCAACCAAAGGAGCGAAUGUCUACACCUAUAUUUAGGAAGACGCCGAACUCUAAGGGCGGCAAGACAUCUAGCUAUGCCUCGAAAGUGGCCAUAGCUACCAUUUUCGGGGAGUAGAGGUAAUUUAAUCUUCAACUUGUUAACAAAGAGGCAAAAUACGGAUAUGAAGCAUUAUUGGUCGUUCCAUUAUCAUAAACGCUUGUUAUCAAACUCCUUGUAAGUAAUUGCUACUAAAACAGCCCUUGAGUCAAAUGUUAAAGCUUCCAUAAAGCCCGUAGUGGUGUUUUCCUGA